AUGUAUGUCAUCAAGAGAGAUGGUCGUAAGGAACCUGUCCGUUUCGAUAAAAUUACUGCAAGAGUCGAACGUCUAUCGUAUGGUUUAGAUCCAAAACAAGUCGAUGCUGCAAGAAUCACACAACGUAUUAUCUCAGGUAUCUACGAGGGUGUCACUACUCAAGAACUAGAUAAUUUGGCUGCUGAAACAUGUGCGUACAUGACUACUAUUCAUCCAGAUUACGGUACUUUAGCUGCCAGAUUAGCCAUUUCAAACCUACAUAAACAAACCAAGAAGCAAUUUUCUCAAGUUAUGGAUGACUUAUACAACUAUGUCAACCCAACUACAGGCAAACACGCUCCAGUCAUUUCACAAAGAGUUCACGAAAUUAUUAUGAAGAACAAAGACGUCAUAGAUUCUACUAUAGUCUAUGACAGGGAUUACAAAUUCAAUUAUUUCGGUUAUAAGACACUUGAACGUUCCUACUUACUAAAAAUUAAUGGUCAAGUGGCUGAACGUCCACAACAUCUUCUAAUGAGAGUUGCUAUAGGUAUUCACAUGGAUGAUCUUGAAGCUGCUUUCGAAACAUAUAACCUAAUGUCUGAAAAAUAUUUCAUUCACGCUACUCCUACAUUAUUUAAUGCCGGUACCCCACGUCCGCAAAUGUCUUCAUGUUUCCUGGUCUCCAUGAAAGACGAUUCCAUUGAUGGUAUUUUCGAAACAUUAAAAGAAUGUGCCUUAAUUUCUAAAUCCGCAGGUGGUAUUGGUGUCCACGUCCACGAUAUCCGUGGUACUGGCUCAUACAUUCAAGGUACUAAUGGUACUUCUAAAGGUCUAAUGCCAGUUGUUGGUGUAUACAAUACUACCGCUCGUUAUGUCGAUCAAGGCGGUAACAGAAGACCAGGUGCCAUUGCUUUCUUUUUAGAGCCAUGGCAUCCAGAUGUCUUCGACUUCAUUGAAAUGAGAAAGAACCACGGUGAUGAAAAAUACCGUGCUAGAGACUUAUUCCCUGCUUUAUGGAUCCCAGAUUUAUUCAUGAAGCGUGUGGAAGCAGACACUAAAUGGACUCUUUUCUCAUCAAGUGAAGCUCCAGGUCUAUCUGAUGUCUACGGUGAUGAAUUCGAGGCAUUAUUUGAACGUUAUGAAAGAGAAGGUCGUGGUAAGACUAUUAAGGCAAGAAAAUUAUGGCAAGCUAUUCUAGAUGCUCAAACCGAAACUGGUACUCCAUUCAUGUGUUACAAGGAUGCUGCAAACCAAAAGUCUAACCAAAAGAAUCUAGGUACUAUCAAAUCCUCUAACUUAUGUUGUGAAAUCAUCGAAUACUCCAACCCAGAAGAGACUGCUGUCUGUAAUUUAGCGUCCGUUUGUUUACCAACAUUCAUUGAAUAUUCUGAAGAUAACAAAACUUCUACUUACAACUUUGAAAAGUUACAUAAGAUUUCUAAAGUCAUCACUCGUAAUUUGAACAGAGUUAUUGACAAUAAUUACUACCCAGUUCCAGAAGCUAGGAAAUCUAAUAUGAAACACAGACCAAUCGCUUUAGGUGUACAAGGUUUAGCUGAUACCUUUAUGUUAUUACGUUUACCAUUCGAAUCGGAUGAAGCUACCAAACUUAAUAAACAAAUUUUCGAAACUAUGUAUCAUGCAUCCUUAGAAGCUUCUUGUGAACUUGCACAAGAAGAAGGAGCAUACGAAACUUUCCAAGGCUCUCCAGCUUCUCAAGGUAUCUUACAAAUGGACUUAUGGAACUCCAAGCCAUUCGGUAUGUGGGAUUGGGAAACAUUGAGAAAAGAUAUUGUCAAGUAUGGUAUCAGAAACUCUCUAACGAUGGCACCAAUGCCAACAGCUUCUACUUCACAAAUUAUGGGUUUCAAUGAAUGUUUCGAACCUGUCACAUCUAAUAUGUACCAACGUCGUACUAUUUCUGGUGAGUUCCAGAUCGUUAAUCCAUACUUAUUGCGUGAUUUAGUUGAUUUAGGUAUUUGGGAUGAUGGUAUGAAACAGUAUUUAAUUACACAGAAUGGUUCCAUCCAAGACUUGCCAAAUGUUCCAGAUGAAAUUAAGGAAUUAUAUAAGACUGUCUGGGAAAUUUCUCAAAAGAAGAUUCUAGAUAUGGCUGCUGAUCGUUCCAUUUACAUUGAUCAAUCUCAUUCAUUAAACUUAUUCAUUCGUGCACCAACCAUGGGUAAAAUUACAAGUAUGCAUUUCUACGGUUGGAAGAAGGGUUUGAAGACAGGUAUGUAUUACCUAAGAACACAAGCUGCUUCUGCUGCUAUUCAGUUCACAAUUGAUCAGAGUGUCGCUGACCAAGCCGCUAAUAAUAUCGCUAUUAUGGAAACCCUACACCGUCCAGUAUAUAUUUCUCAAGACGCCAAAUACACAGAAGAUGGCUCUCAAAUUGAAAGAAGCACUACCCCAACUUCAUCGAAUGCCUCCAUUACAAGUGGAAUGUCGUCUCUUAAAAUAGAAAAUGAACAGCCAGUGAUGCCAAUUGCUGUCAGCACUGACUCAAAAGUUAAUGGAGCAGUUGAUAUUGUUCUAGAACAAACUGAAGAAAAAUACUAA